AUGUUGACGGCCUCGCUCACCCCAGCGCCCACGCCGGCCCUCACGCUGGCGGCGCCCACCCUGCUGCCCACCCUCGCGCCCGCCUUGGUCAACGCGUUCGACGCCAACCAUCCCUUCCUAAGGCCGCGCGCCGUGACCACCAUCGAUGGCUUCACGUACACGUACAGUGACUACAACUACGGUGACUACAGCAGUUGCUUCAAUUACAACGGCCUCGCCAGCUGCGCAAACUUCAUCAGUAGCUGCAGCUUCAACUACCAAGAGACCGACUACUCUUCGUUGGAGGCCCAGGCCACGGCCUGCUACUGCACCUAUGGCAUCUCGUACCUCAACUGUUACUACUCCCAGAUCGCCACCGGCAGCUGCUCGAGCUACUAUCUGGGCACCACAGACUUUGCCGAGUUCCAAACCAGCUACUACUCCGAAUUCUGCGGAUCCAUCCCGCCCAGUGUCAUGGCCCAGCUGAAGCCUCCUGAGACUGUUCCUCUGAGCUUCAAAUCUGUUACUUUCGUCACCGCCAGGAAUCCCACGAGGCCGGUCCAUACCAACUCGCCGCUCUACUCUGGCAGUGGCUCUUUGCUUUCUGGCGCCUGCACGGCCAGUACCGAUUUCACUCUGGUCGACGCCGGGAGCACUGUUUUCUUUGCCGGCUUCCACGGCUGCAACAGCGACCGCCCCGAGUGCUGCCCCUGGAAAGUAGCCACCGCCUCGGCGGCUGCGGCGACGGGGAGUGGCAGUAGCGGCGGCGGCGGAACCGGCUCUGAUACCGUCAACAACGUGGGCGUCAACUUCCCUGUGCCCGCCGACAGCGCCCAGGCUGUCCUGGCCAACUGCGCCGACGACUACUACUCCAUCUCAGGGGGGUGCUGUCCCAAUGGCUACUGGCCCUUCACAUCCGCCGUUGGCGGCCAGACUCCUUGCUACAGCUCCAUCAGAACCACGGCCUCGCCCCCCAACGUUACGGUGGGCGUGCCAGGCAACCCAACCGACACGUCCAAGCCGACGUCGGCUGUCGUCAACAUUGUUUGGUCCAUGCAGUUCCCCGUGGCGUCGUCGUCCUCGGGCAGCGGCGGGCUGUCGACUGCUGCCAAGGCCGGCAUUGGCGCCGGAACCGCCGUCGCCGUCAUCCUCAUUGGAACCCUCGCCUUCUGCCUCUGGAGGUCUCACAGGAAGACGAAGCAGCUCCUGAGCGAAAAGGCUGCCGGGCAGCAGCAACCCCCUGCUCCCGUUGGCCCAGCCGAACUCCAUCACCAACAAGCUGUCGCGGCCGGUGGCCAAUACGUACCCGGGCCACAUGGAACGCCUGUGAAGCAAGACCCGUCCGUCACGGCGUCGAGCGUGUCAGCGCUCGGUCCCCAGCACACGGGUACAUCAGCCGGCGGCAUCAGCGAUAACAGCUCGGGAAUACCUGGCUAUUAUGCCGGCGCCGUGCCGCCCUCGCACGCAUCGUACUCGCCCAGCAACAGCAACGGCACCCCAGGGCCGCCUAGCAAUGGACAGAGCUACCCGCCACCCAUCCCGGAAAUGAACGAGGCCAACGGGCAGUAUACGUACAACAACCCCCAGUACCCCUACCAGCAGCAGCAGCCGCAACAGCCACAGCAGUUCUACAACCAAUCCCCUCCCCCCGGGCAGCAGUACUACCCGCCGCAACAGCCGCAGUUGGUCUACAGCCAGGAAGCUGGCGGCUACGUGCACAUGCAGUCGCCGCCGCAGCCGCAGGGUGGCUUCGCGCCCCAGCAGCAGUACCCUCCGCAGCAGUAUCAGAACCAGGGCGGCCAGCAGGUCCUAUACCAGCCGCAGCCCCAGGCGCCGCCGCAACACGUGGUCGAGAUGAGUAGCACGCGCGAGCCACUACCGCCCCAGGAAGUCCAAGGUAGCUCCCCGCAGCCGCAGCCGCAGGAAGCACAACAACAAGCGCCGCCGCCGCAACACCCGCCGCACCCUCAACAGCAGCCGCCACCUCAGUAG